UGCUACCAGAGGGACAGCAAACGAGCUGCGUCUGAAACGAGGCCAGAAAGGCAUGAAACUAAGCAGCGAAACAGCCCAAAUACUGAAUGUUGAGAGCAACCGAUGUGGUUGGAUAAUGAUGAGUGGUGCAGAGGCAGCAGCCAGAGAAGAGCAGCACAUAUAUCCACAGAAACGGUCCAGGCAACUUAGAAAUCUUCCCCGGAGCUUGACUGAAACAGCCCUGGGCAAACCAGCGGCAGCCAACCAGGCAGCCUGGCACUGCCACGGUACCCGCUGCGGGGAAGGGAAACUGGAGUGAAUGACGCAGACGAACCUCCAUCCGAGUCACGGCACCAGAAACGUUGGCGGCUGCUGUGAGGCCUCCAUUCUUGUCUUCUUAGUUUAAAAGAAUUUAAACAAGAGACACACAGCCAAGGAGAUGCAGCACAGAGCAAUGUAUUGCAAAGGAGAAAGAAUAUUUUGAAAGUUUGAUGCAGAAGAGAUAGGACGCCCUGAGAGAGAGGAUUCAGGGCCGGCUGCUUGUAAGGGACUCAUUCGAGCCCCAGGAGGGUGAGGUGGCCGAGGGCUGCUCCGAUUCGCAGAAGUUUAUCUGUGCACUAGCACCCUGGAAUGAGCAGUCUCCAGGCCAUGAAGACCUUGUCCCUGGUCCUGCUGGUGGCCCUGCUGAGCAUGGAGAGAGCUCAGGGUCUGUGCUGCUACAGAUGCUUGGCGGUCUUGGAAGGGGCCUCCUGCAGCGUGGUCUCGUGCCCCUUCCUGGAUGGGGUCUGUGUCUCCCAGAAAGUGAGCGUCUUUGGCAGUAAAGUGAGAGGUGAGAACAAGCUCUCCCUCCUCUUCUGCCAGAAGGACGUCGGAUUCCCCCUGCUGAAACUUACAAGUGCCGUCGUGGACUCCCAGAUCUCCUGCUGCAAGGGAGACCUCUGCAAUGUGGCGGUCCUGGCAGCCGGCAGCCCCUGGGCCCUGUGCGUACAGCUCCUGCUCACGGGGUCAGUCUUCCUCUGGGCCCUGCUGUGA